UUGAGAAAGUGUGGGCGCCCAGAGGGACAGAGCGGCUCCGUUUCAGUGCAACCAGUGCUGGCGGGGCUCGUGCAUUCAGUUGCUGUCAAUAUCUUUAUCUGCUCUAUUUCACAUUGACAAUUGCUGACGGAUCGAUAGGUCUGAACAGGAAUUUGUCGCGAGCUUGAUUUUCCCUCAUCGAGUUCAACCUAUGAAUUACUCGCGACGCGUCGCCAUUUGGUUACUCGCGUUAUCAGUGCAAAUUAUUCAGGCAUGUGCGUAUUGCGGUAGAUUGGAGAUGAUAUCCGUUUGGCUCCUCUUUUUAAAGCUGCUGAGAGCCACAGCUGGUGUGGGAAGGUCAUAUGGAAGUGAACUAAAUGAAGGCAAAAGCACCUCUGUAAAUCAGCAACAAAAAGAGCAGAAAUACCUCUCUGAAAAAGUCACCAUGGAGACCAGCCAGCUUUCAGAAAUGGCUGAUCUACCAGACUGUAAAAUGGAUCCUGGGUGUACAGAGGACCAGACAUGCCAAUUCACUGAGGAGGUAAAUGAAUGUUUUGACACAUAUUUCUCAGAGUGCCUGGAUACCAGAAAGAGCAACCCCCAUGAAGACCUCGAUGGGCAAAACGACAAAGGCAUAACCAAUGCAAGUGAGAGCUCAGGUGAAUCUGAUGGGAGCAAAGAAUCUCAAGAUAGCGUUAUGGUCAACAAACAAGAACUGCCGAAUGGUAGAGAAUCUUUGACCUCUGAUUCUCACGAAGACCCGCACACAAAUGACCAACCAGAAGAGGAAAUGGAAAUCAACAAUUCUGAUGAUGCCCAGGAGGAGGAGCACAAUGAACCUGAGGAGAGGGUGGAGGCAGAAGAAGAAUCUGUGCUGGAGCAGCAAAUGAACGAGCUGGUGAUUUCUGAAGUCCAGACUGAAACUUGCCCGGAUGUGGAUCGAGAUGACCUGAGUGACUGUCUGCUUGUGGAAAUGGCCAUCAUUUCAUCAGACAGUGAUGCUGAGGAGCCAUGGAGAUCUUCAGUUCCACCAGCUGUCAACAAAGAGGAGAUUGAAGAGAACGGUGAUCUCUUGGGUAUGGAUGAAGCAGAGGUAAUCCCGGAAGACCAAGCAAGGCAGGAAGAAGUUGAAGUGAUUGAUAGCAAUGCUGAACCUGAAGAUGAAGCCCUGGCUUUGAACCUUAAUGCAACUGAAAUUCUAGAACAACCAGAGUGUCCCACCGAAUGUGAGCUGCAAGAUAUUUCUUUGGACUCCUCUGUCCAUUACUGCAGCUUAACAAAGAUUGCAGAGGACGAAGAUGAGCUUGGGAAAACCUCAAAGCACAACCUGCAGCGCCUGUCUUGUUCAACUUCAGAGCUCGACAAGAAGUUGCCGCAGGACUUCUGCGUGGUUCAGGAAAUAAAGAGCGAGAAUGUCAGCACAGAGCAUCUGGAUUUCAGGGUUGCACGCAAGCAAUGGCAGAAGAUGGAAGAGCAGACCAAGGGUCUGGUGCACCGGCCAGUGAUGAAGCAGGGAUCUUGCCAGGGUGGGCACAGCUUCAUGUAUACACCUGUCCGCAACAUUGAUCGCCCUAGAAGAGACCCUGACAUCGAGAGUCUUGGUCUGGGGGAGUACCAGUACACUCAAUUCAGCCCCUGUUCAGAGGAUUCUGGUCUGGAUGACACAAGCUACAGGUCACCUUACGAUGAGCCAGAGACUCCAGUGGAGCGGGAGAUCCGUGAAGCUCUCGAGCGAGAGGAGAAUUUCAGACGAGAGAGGGCAAUGGCAAAGAUAUCUGCAGGUGACGCUACACAAGUUCAACCCAGGCCUAGUGUUCUUCACCACAGCAGAUCAGAGCCUGGGGAGAAAGGACGGAUGUGUGACACACCGGAAGACAGAUGCAGGUCUCAGAGGUCCCCUAGUGCAAGAACUCCAACUUUGUCCGUCACUGCAUCUUCUGGAAGAAAUCCCACAUACCAUGAAAUGACCGCCAGCAAUGUCAUUAUACUUGAGCCGGAUUCGUACCCCACAAGUCCACGGAAUCGAGGGAAAGGUGGGCUGCUCUCUCCAGGGACCAGCAGUUUCCAAGAAUGGCCAGACAUGAACAACGUGAUAAUCCUGGAGACAUCAAAUCUCAUAAUUCGAAGUGCCUCGGAAUUCUGCCUGAGCACUGCAUGUCAAGAGACACAAGAGAGCACGUUUCAGAACAAUCCCUUCUUCAAACUGCGCUCUCACAGCACCCAGUCUCUGGUGGAUCAGGAGAUCAAGUUGGUGAAGCAAAGAGAAGAGGAGCUUAGGAGGCAGAGAGCACAACUAUAUGUAAAGGAGAGAUAUGACACAGUCCUCGUGUCCCCCAGCCAACUGCAGAAUUUCACUUAUGAGAGACCAGGAGAAGUACCAGCAAAAUCCAAGUCAUCCCCCUCAUCUCCAUCGAAGACGCGCAAAAUGGAUCGCUCCGCUUUUUCCUGCGACCACAAGUUCCUUGAAGCUCCUUUCCCUCGAGUCAGACGAAAAAGUGCCCUGGCCCAGAGGUGGGAGGCAGGUAUCUUUGCCAAUCAUCAGCAACAAGACUGAAUGAUUUGCCUAAAUGAAGCACCGACGCACAAAUCAAGUUUCCAUUACAGUAUACGCAUGUAGAAAUAGAUUCAGAGUAAAACAGUCAUUAGUACAAACCUGGAACUUAAUAGGUGAGUAAAAAUAUUCAGAACUGAUGUCAUACCUUUUUUAAUUUUUGGAUGCGAAUAGUACUAUUUUCAUUCUGAAUUUUAUCCUGGGUACACUUUUAUAUUACUGCAGAUGUAAAAUGUAUACAGUAAUGCAUUCCUAAAUUGCACUAUGUACAAAAAUAACACCAAACACUGAGAAAUAUAUUAUUCUGAUUUCACAUAACAUACAUUGUUUAAAAGAAACACUAAUUUUGAGUCUUAACAAUUCAGUUUCUUGUUUAUAAGAUAUUUUGUCACUUUAGCCAUACAGUGGAGAGCAGAAGUAAAUAAAAAAUACAUUUAUUAUUGAUUUAAUCUGAUUAAAAGUGCAAUUUAAGACAAGAGAAACAGCUUCUUGGAAUGUCUAUUAUAGAGUAUUAUGGAUGUAGCUUCCAGAGGUGUUACAGAUAAGUAGCUGGCUUCUGUACAAUUAUUACAUUGUGAGCCUUUUAAAUAUUUUAUGCUUUGAUUGCGUGCUUAUAAUGUCAACAUUUAUUCCUGUGUGAAAAUAAUAAUUGAAAAUAUGUGUGAAUUUCACGUCAUAAUAUUCAUGUUUGAAAUGGCAUCUUAAACGAUAUGUUUUUUCCUUGCAGGAUGUUUUCAAUGCAAAAAUACUGUUCAAACCUUGCAAUAAAAUGAAAUGACAACUGA